UUUUUUAUCUAUUUUCACACAAAUAGUAUGAAUUCAACAUAAAAAAAAAUCUGUGUAUUCAGUUAAAGUGUGCUAUUCACUAUCAGGAACAAUCGAUAUCAAUGUAUUGCAAAUAUCACUUUUCUACCAAAAACUACCUUACAAACCAUGAAAAUACUAAAAUAUUUUUUGUUGUUGAGGUUUUGGUGAAAACAGUCAACCUUUAUAAGUUGAUUAUGUUUGUAUUUUCUGGGCCAUGAUGUUGAAAAUAUUCACCAGAAUUACGAGGGCAGAAAGCUGGACUGCUGCAACAAGUCAGGACACAGAUGUGUAUUUUCAAAAGUUUGGUUACAUAUACAAUCAACAAGGCCUCGAUAUGUACCUAUGUGACCUCUAGGGGUCGUUAUCUAAUGGUUAACCAAUAUCAAGCAGUAUUGACUGUCUCUGGUCUAUCAAUAUAACGACAGGUAAACCCUGAAGAGAAAAUAGCAUUCCCUGAGUGAAGUGUUUCUAUUUUUAGUUCACGUCUAUAAUAUUUAUACCGGUAGUUAACUUUACUGCCGUUGUACGUCAAAGUAGAUUACAUGUUUUAGGACUGGUUGUUAAUUGCUAUUUGACAUUUGAAGAUGCCAUGGAUGUCUACUCGAAAGUUCCACAUAUAAAACCAGUAGAAAUACAAGAAUAUAGCAGAAACGGGCACUGGCAAUGCUGAUAUCUAACUUCACGUCCAAUGGAAUAUUUACAACGGAAGUUAAUCUGAACUACCUUUCUGCAUGUAUGUCGAAGGAAAUUGCAUCUAUCAAAAUUCGUUGUUAGUUGCUACCCAACGCUUGAACAUGUCAUGGAUGCCUACCCGAAAGGAGUAAAUAGAGGCAGGAAAAGCACUAUGAUUCAUGCAAUGCUUCAUUUCCGUUGUUGGAAGUUUAUACGAGACAUCUUUAUUAAAUAAUAAACGGCCACGACAGUUUCCAUACAUCAUGCCAAGUGUGAGGGGCGAUAAAAGCCUUGGGGGUAUACUUGGAAUACUAGAAGUAGAAAUACCUCUUGCACGACCGAAAUGUAAUGCCCGGAGCAACACAGGAGUUGCAAGUUCACAGAACAAUAAUGUCCGUAUCCACUGUGAAGACGAAAUAGUGAAUAGUGAAUGUAGAACUAGAACACAAAAUGAUGACACAUUCCUGAUCAGCGUUAAGAUAUUUAUGUCAAGAACCCAGAGUUUCGGAAACGUUGGUUUUUACCUUCCAUUUGAUAUGUCUAUAGAGAACAUGCAUAUAAAAACAGUUCGUGUGAGGGUUGUUUCCUGCAAAAUAGGGGAACCGACUGAAACUUUCCAUGGAACUUUCAGAAUGUUGAGAGCUGAUAUAGCUGCAAAACUUCUUGCACUUCCAGAAAAUAAACGCCUCACGUCAACAACGAUAGAUUUAAAGGAUAAUAUACAUUCAGCAACAUUCUUUUCGAAGCUAAAAAAUAUCUACCACAGUCAAGGGAACGAAGAUCAAGUACCAGAAUUGGAAAAACAAACUGUGUUUGAACAAACCAAUGUACAAGUCGUUAUUCAACUGAUAUCUGUAUUCCUUACAGAUCUUAGAGGAGAAGGACAUUUCCCACCUUCGCCAUCGGCUGGUCAUACGCAUUUCAUUUUGCCAAACACAAGACCUUUAGCAUUGCUUUCUGAUGUUGUAGACACAACGAAGACCUCCAUCAUGCGUCUGUUGUCAUUUGUCUAUACCGCAAGCAACGUCAUAUAUCCCGAAAUCGCAAGGACUGGAUUUUACCUUAUCGGCAACACUGGAAUUGUCACUUGUACAAAAUGCGAAUGCAUGCCUCGUGUGGACGUCUUCCAACAAAUGGAACAAUCUGAGUUUGAUCAAAUGCACAAUUUUGGAUGUUGUCAUCGCAAGUCCUCCGAAGACCAGCUGAGAUAUUUAAGUCACAACAAUUCUAGACUCGACAUUCCUGAUGUUCUUGAUGGUGGAUUUUUAUACAGCUUUCGACGAAUGCAUGCAAGUAGUUCGGUUAGCUCAUGUCAGCUAGAUGCUGCACAGUCUCAGAUCGGAAACACAACUGAACACAAUUGCCCGAAUAACACGACAGCAGGUCAUUCCGACAGAAAGCCACGCAAUAAUGUAGUUACUAUCGUGAAAAAGACCCAUGCAUUUUGCAGGGUAUCUAGCUUUUCAGGUUGUAGCUUCGACGCGGACACAUUUAUGCAUGAUUUGACAUGGACGUAUGUUCAACCCUCUUCCUCAGAAAUGCCACAUUAUCCCGUGUGGAGUGCAUUUAAAUUGCCAAGCAAAAGGAGUGAUACAUUCAGGGGCUCAACAAUUGCUAAGGGUUUGAAAGGAAAACUUGUUGAAAAUGGAUUUUUCUGUCAAAGAAACCUUAUCCGGACGUUCUGCUGUGACACGCCCUACAUCAUUGGUGUUGAUAAGGAUCCGGCGAUUGUCCAUGCUAGGUCCUCGUGUCCUCGUGCUAUUACGCAAGAAUAGCAUCAGUGAGAAACAUAGAACGUCCAAGACGCAAAGGCGUGACAUUAUCAACAUGCUCGAAAAUGAUCAACUACAUGUACUGUGGCGCAUUAGAUUACGUUUGAUGGACUUCAAUUUGAGUUAAGUUACUUCAAUAUUGCUGAGGAGUUUCCUGACGUUAGAAGUGAUUAAGUGUAGUAUUAUCGUGGAUGUGAUAUACACCUGGACCGCGACAAGGCCAUAUUCGAAAUUCAUGUUUUUGCAACUGGUUCAAAGAUUGACACAGUAAACACAGUAAAAAAAACCAUGGGUUUAAAUCACAGUGAGGUUUCUUAUAAGCGUAUGAAAGUACUUCAUUGACAUAAUCAAGGUCAAGUAACUAUACGUCAACUUAGAUAAUCUCAUAUUGUAUUUUGUUUGGUAUUGAUGGAGACAUUGUAUGAGAUUUUCUCUACAGUAACGUCCCAUACUGGUACUUGAAAUUGUAUCUUCGUAUAUUGUAUCUUUGUGUAAAAUAUGAAACAUAAAAAUGAUAAAAAUGAUGUCUGUUUAACUUUUAAUGUCAACAUAAAAUGUUCAUACUAUUCUUUUGAUCAAAGAUUAAAUUAUCUCAUUUGCACAUCUUAAUAGGUGAACUUAUAAAAGCUAAGCAUUAAAAAUAUAUGUCAAUGAUAUAGUUUACCAACAAAGAAAUGUGUCAAAUUUUAACUUUUGAAAAAAAUAAAAUUAUAUAAAACAUGUUCACCAUUAUUUUAUGGCAGUUAUAUAGUUACAAAAUAUAGUCUCACCAUAAGAACAUCCUUAGGACCAGUUAUUGGUCCAUGCACUUGUAUGCAUUUUUAUUGUAGAUUCAGCACAUUGGUCCAUGCACUUGUAUGCAUUUUUAUUGUAGAUUCAGCACAUUUGUCCAUGCACUUGUAUGCAUCUUUUUUAUAGAUGCAGCGCAGGUUAAUUACGGUACGAAACUCAUGUCUUAUGAUGUAUAUAUGGAUUUUAUUUGAAUCAGACAGUGUAAAUAAUGUAAUUAAUAUAACAUGACGAAAACUAUUUUUAUUCAAAAUAACAUUCGUGUAUUCAUUACAUAGCAUGUCCCACUCCGCGCACAUGUACAACCAUGUCACAAAUAUUAAAAAUAAUGUUUAGCCUUUCAAAUUUAUACAGAACAACAUGAUAUGAUGUUUAAGUGAUGGCUUAAUCGAAUUAUCUAUCACAACGUGAAGUGUUUCUGUAUGUUAAUUAAAGUAGAAUUGCACUGGUAUCGGAAAACACGAAAAAAAUUGCUAAAGGGACAGAUAAUAAGAUAGUUAAAGUUUGGGAGAAAGAGAAAGAGUUGAGUUCGAGAUUGGAGUUAGAGAGUAGAGUUCGAGAGUUGAAAAAAGAAGGUUUAGUUAGGGAGACCGAGUUGAGAGGUCUAGAGACAUUAAGGAGAGUUAGAAAGUUGGAGAAUAAGGAAGUUAGUAAGAAUAGUAGUUUUAGCUGUAGUUUUAGGUUAGUGUAUAGGUUUUACGUUGGGCUUGGAGUGGAGAGAUUGCGUUCACAUUGGUGAACACUUGUAUAUUUUUGACGAAUUAAAAUACCUGUGUUGUAAAUAAAGUGUAGAUAUAAAUGUGCUAAUUGUGUUGUUCAAUUAAUUUGAACUGGUGGCAGCGGCGGAAUUAUCAUAAAAUGUAACAUUAUCUUUCCCCAUCAAUCAACAUUCCAGAGUAAACUGUCAUGUACAUUUUGUCAAAACGCGUGUGUACAACAUUUAUAAAAAGUAACUUGACAUGUACAGUUUGUCAAAAAGGGGAUGUACAAUGUCUUUAGAGUAGUAAUAGUAAUUUGACGGCUGAUAUGGGCCUUCGUAUUAUACUGUCCAUCGUAUUAUCGUAUUAUACUGUCCAUCGUAUUAUACUGUCCAGUACGUUAAAUGGGUUCAUGAAUACCGAUAGAUAAUUUGUUACCUAAAUUAGCAUUGGAUGCACUCAGAGGGGACUACAUAUAUGUCUUAAUAGAUAUAAGCCUCAAACUGUCCAUAAUUAGGAGACAGAAUAAGAAACUUAGACUUUGUCACGGCCUUAACGGGCGUCGAUACCUGUUCUUUCACUCACGUACUUGACAGUGUUCAGCUUAUAUUCAUAACCUUAGCAUGAUUUACGGAGCACAAUAUAUAUUGAAAGGUGUUUUACAGGUUAUGUGAAACACUAUUUAUGAAUUAUGUUAAAAUCAUGACCGUUUCUCAUAAAAUUUCAGUACAAAUUGUUAAGUUUGGAGAUAUUUGUAAGAUCCGAUAUUUUUGCAACAAGUUUAUUAUCUUUCGACAGAUAAAACCAUCCUUAAUGAUUCAUGACACGAUACAGUUUAGUAGUAGAUGAGGACACUUUUAUUUAACUUUCUGUUUUCUCUGUUGUACAUGUACAUUCAUUUAUAUAGUGUCUUUUCUUUCAGUUUCUUGUUUCAUAAUUUAGCAUACCAUUGGCCAAUCCUAUAUACAUGUGUUAGAUACAUAGUGAAAUCAUCAUACACGUAUUUCUGUCUCAUCAGUCCAAUACGCUGAACAUCAUAGUAUAAAGUUACUGUUAAAGGGUUCUUCUUCGACGAAACAACGUUGAUUUUUCCCUUGAGCUGAUGGUAUAGCAAAAACAAUCUCCUAUCCAUGUAGAUUGAUUCACCAUCUACGGUAUUAAAGAUUCACAGGCAAGAAUGUCGAGCAUACGAACAAAGCGAAGUUACCAGGCCCUGGUUUCAAUUCUAGAUCUGACGAAAGUUCAAUUGACUGCCAGUGAUAUACAGGAACCAACAGUGAUAACUACGCCAGGGUCUAACGUCCACAUACUCGCAGAACCAUUGUUGAGGCAUUGUGAACAUCCACAGAUGACAGAUAGUAUAAGUGUUAAAACAUUCAUGUCGAAACAAGGCAGAUUUGGAAAUGUUGGAUUUUAUGAACAAUUCUGUCCAGUUCCAAAAGAAUUUUCAAACACUUCCUUUGUGAAAUCAUAUUCUGUUACGGCCAUUUUACAGAAACGUGGCGAACCCUAUGCAAAAUUCAAUGGAAAUCUUCAAAUGUGGAGAUCGGAUAAACUAGCUAGACUACUCCCUUCAUCAGAUAGCCGACACAAAGGAUAUGAGAAAACAAGAAAGGAUGAUGUUCAUUCAAGAAAAUUUCUCUCUAAGGUACGGAGCUUUCACAAAUGUCAGGAACACCAACACAACACGCAAACUGAGUUUGGAGAUGUGAAUGUUUCAGUUCAUAUUGAACUUGUGUCUCUGUACCUAACAGACCUGUGCAGUCGCGGACUUUUCCCUCCCACGCCACACGCAGGUCAUACUCAUUUCACCCUGCCAAGCACAGAACCUAUACUGUUUUACCCUCAAUAUGAGAUUGUGUGGAAUUCGGUUAUGAGACUUCUGUCAUUUCUCUACGCACCGAAUGACAAUUACCUAUAUCCAAUUAUUGCACGGGCUGGGUUCUAUCUUGUCGAUCAAAGUGGCAGUGUUUGCUGCAGCGAAUGCGACUGCUUGUGCAGCAUUGCCGUUUUCGAAGAAGGCAACCAAUCAGAAUUUGACAAACAUCACAAACUUGGAUGUAUGCAUCGCCAAUACCGCAAGGAAGACUGUGACCUUCCACAACGCCGACCUGAAACCGAACUGGAAGCACCACAUAGAAAAAUUCAAAACAAAGCUCCUCUAUCACAGACAGACCUGUCACGCAGUCAGGGUGAAGCAGACAGUGUAAGUCACCAGUGUGAAAUAGAAGUCGCCUAUAACGGACAGGGUGAAGCAGAGUGUUUGAAAAGACAAAGUGAAUCGAUGAAAACACCAGGAUGCAUUUCAAAACAAUACAGAAACAUUGGGCAACACAAGUCCUCAAAACAGCGAUCACUUCCGAUUACCACUCCAGGAAUCCUUAACCAAAAGGCAUUGUAUGUUUCCCUGCAAUCUGACAUCCCUAUCGUAGAUGGGAGUCGCACGUCAAACAUGAUAGAGACUAAGGAACCCAACGAACAAAUAUCGCCUGAUUUCAUUUCUCGAAGAAAAAGGAAUGAUACACUGCUGCUUCUUAAACUAAAGUUGCAGCUUCGGAAAGCACUUGUAGAAAAUGGAUUCUUCUAUGACGGCCGUGUUGUCCGGUGCUGUUGUUGUAAAAUCAUAUACGAGAUACCAUCAUGCGAGAAUCCAUCGCAGUUUCACGCUCGAAAGAACCCUGCAUGCCAGUAUUUGAUUGGAGGAAACUAUACACAGAAAUGGAACUGGAGGUAGGGUACGACAAUUCCAUGAGCAUAACCUACAUUAAUAGAAUCGGUGCCAUCGUCUUCGCCAAAACGUGCAAGCUCACAUUAUCAACGGUCGCCAUUAUGAUGGCUAUCGAGUUACUUCUUCGUCUAUAAGCAUUCUUUAUGCAAAUGACCGACAUUAGCGCGACAUUUUAAGAGACCAGGAUACACAAAUGAAUAAUGGCUGCGCCUACGAAUAAUGUGCAUACAAACGAGUUUCAACAGUUGAUGGCACAAAAACUAAUCGAUUUAUGUGUACGGAAACAGAGUAGUGUGCUUCCACAGGGGAUCGAACCCGCGAACCUACACUUUAAGGUCGGAUGCUCUAGCACUAUGCUAAGCGGACAUUUCUCUAGCGCGAAUCUACAAGGCAUCCGCGAUCCUAUGUACAAUUGAAAUCUGCCACAUAUGUAUGAUUAUCAUCGAUGACUAAGGAACAAAAUCAACCCUCAAGAGCCCCUCCUUGACAACACAACGUAAAUUUCCGUAAUAAAAGUUCAGCUACAUAUUGCCAAACCCAGGUACACGGUACAAUAGGUAAGCUUGGAUGAGUCCAUAAACGACAUAGAAGUCGCAAUUUGGCACUCAUACUUUCCCCCCAAAGAUAUCGGCGAUCUGUUCGUAACAAAAAAGGAAUCCUCAGCCAAGUUUAAUGCCGGACUUGCUAAAAACUAUAGACGAAUGUUUCGAACGUCGAUUGGAUCACAAACAACGGACAUAAUUACUCCUGAAAAGAUUACUGCCCUAAAUAAAGUGACACGUUGAAAGUGCCUAGAAUUAAUUCAAGCAUUAGAUCCACAUUUAGAGUUAAAACAAAACCAAGCAAAUUGGUUAAUACUUGACGCGAAAUACAUCUUUGGGGCAAUGUACCUACUCAUCCAGCUCGCUAACGUGCUGACACAAGGCAGCAGAGAUUUGCCCCCGUCAGCAGUAAAAGAAUGUAUCAUGUUAGCGCAUGACGAAUUUUGGACUACUAAAGUAGGUUUUAGUGACGUCACUUACCGUCGCCGACAAGCAUUAAUGCCCUUUUACAUCCAGAUUUUUUAAGACAUUUGUGACUCUACAGACAGUUUAAUUUACACUUCACAUGAGUUAGCACUCUACUAGAAAUCAAAACAGUUUAUGAAAAGUGUGCUUUAGAAACGACCGUAGUUCCCACGAUACUCACAUCGGAUAUGUCUAUGGUAGGAAUUUAUUUGAUAAACGAAACGUCAUUGUCAACUCAGGUUUUGCUACACUUUUACUUACAUAUUUACUUAAACAAUCUAGACCAGCGCUUCACUCGGAUCCUAUUAGACUGCAGGCAUUCCGAAAAGACAACAGACAAUGCGUAUUGUAAACUUUGUUAGAAUACCUGAAACGUACUCAUGCAUGUGAUACAAAUAAUCACACAAAAACAAAUCUUAUCACAAAAUGCACCACAUAAUCCUGUUUGUGAGCAAACAGUAUCAAAUUGGAUAAAAAUGUGCUGAAAAUGUAUCUUUGAACAAACUACACAGCAACAGAACUGCGUACAUGUCAGAGACUUAAAUAGUAAGUGUACCAAUACCGGACAUAAUGAAAACAACAGGUUGGAAAAGUGACAAUAUGUUAUACACGUUUUAUAGCAAGGAAUUGAGCACAUCUACAAACACUGAUGCACUAAGUGCUAGCAGCGCAAUUGCCCCGCCAACAAACUGCCAGCAGAACAUGAAAUAAAAAAUGUGUAGGUUGAUAUGUACAAUAUAAUGUAUACAUAUGUCUGAAUCAGAUUAAAGUUACUAAUAAACAUAUAAAGUUCUGUGUGUAUUUCUGAAAUCUCAGGUAGGUUAAGUUCAUGAAAUUGGAAAUUAAAGAAGCGUCCUUACGAAAGCGAAAUUUGAGAUAAAUCCUAAAACCUUAAUUUCUAAAGCCCGACUAUACCGUGUCACAAAUUCUAACCAUUGAAUAACGUGAUCACAUCAUCAUCUAAAUUCAACCAUAACUAAAAGUUGAAAUAAUGGACUAUAUCCCUUUCCGCUUUAAGAGGAAGGCUCAUUUCAUUUCACUUUUAUCGGCCUAUGUAGCUGCUAUCAUUGAAGCAGUCUUUUUGUUUUCAUGGGUGUUUACUUUACGACGGCGGAUUUGUUUGAGUGGCCGGAAGAGGUUCCGAGCUCACUACGCAUGCCACAGAAUAAAUGGGUGUGUGAUACAGGUAAUAUACGGUAAGGAGGCUGAAAGUAUAAAAUGGGAUUCCAAUACCAGGAGAGGAUACCCUCUCCGCACAGGCUCUGAUAACGGAUGCCCAGGCAAUGACCAGCAGUACUACCAAUGUGCUGGUAUCAGUACAAAAACGUUAGAAAAUGUUAAAAAAUGUCUUUAGUAAGAUUUAUGUAAUAGACGGUCACUUUAUUUAGAGGGCGCUUAUCACUUUCAUACUACAUUUCCUAUAAGUUAAAUUAGUACUGUAUUGUCCUACCUUUGUAGAGUGAUGUGCGAUCUGGUGUAUCUGUUGUUAUAACUGUAUAUAUGUUUAUCUUGUUGAUCAUGGCUAAUUAUGUCGGGUUUUUCUUGAUAAAUAUCAGUAACUUAUCAGAAGGUGUUGAUUAGUUCAUUGCUUAUAUUCUCCUCACCCCUGACGGGCCUGUGUAUCUGAUUGACUAACACAGUAGGAUAUUCACAGGAAUUGACCGUUAGACUAUAUGAUAACAUAUGUAUCUGCCGACACCAGAACGACACUUCCCACGGGUAUCCUUUUACACCUGUACCUUCAUAUCAAGAAUAAAGGGAUCCAGUACCCUAGAUAAUUAGAUAGACUAAAAGCAAGGUGAUAUGCGAAGUCUUACCGUUCACUUUGUUGUAAAUUAACAAUUUUGUUGGACUAACACUCUCUUUUUUCUGCUUUUGUUUGUUAUCAAGGCAAUGCUUCUUUCCCUCGAGGAUUACCGUACGACCAAGUAUUCCGUCCCGUGACAAUUCCAUCGUAACCGUGUCACAAUAAAAAUGAACUUCAAGGUAAACAAUGACAAGUUAGUCAGAAUGUACACAAAGUCUCUUUUUAUAUAU